AUGGCAGCACAACCCUUGACAGACUGGGACAGUGGCCUCUGUGAUUGCUUUGAGGAUGCAAAUACUUGCUGUUAUGGUUUCUGGUGCUGCCCAUGCCUUGCCUGCACGGUUUCAGAAAGAUUUGGAGAGAAUCGUUGUCUCCCAUUAUGUGACAUUUGCAGCCCUGCCAUAUUUGCAGCCUGUGGGAUACCUCUGUUUGUGCCUCCUGCAGUCCUGUCUCUAAGGGCUGCCAUACGAAACAGAUAUGGUAUCAAGGGUUCUAUCUGUAGGGACUUUGCCGUUUCCUGUUUCUGUGAGUGGUGCUCCUGGUGUCAGAUGCAUCGUGAGUUAAAACAUCACAAGAAAAACCAGCCCAUCAUUGUCAACGUGCAGCCUCCUCCAAUGAUGAUGGCUCCUGGACCAACAAAUGUUGGUUUUGUGAGCCAACCAGGAGUUGUUAUGGUUCACCCAUACUGA